AUAAUUAAUCUAUUAUUUCAUUUUCAGGAAAUGCCCAAGACUUUGGAUAUGACGGUCAAAAAGGGCCAAACCAUUGGCAAGAACAGUUUAAGCAAUGCGUUGGUAAACAUCAAAGUCCAAUAAACAUCGAUAUGCAUACUGUAAUUAAAACUAAAUAUCCGCAAUUAAUUUUUAAUAACAUCGAAAUCGAACAUGAAACCGAAAUUAUGAAUAAUGGACAUACAGUUCAGAUGAAACUUAAGGAUGAUACACCAAUGCCAACAGUACAAGGUGGUCCCUUACGAAGUACAUACCAAUUUGUACAGUUACAUUUUCAUUGGGGUGAUAAUGAUACUUUUGGAAGUGAAAAUCGAAUUGAUAAUCAAACGUUUCCAAUGGAAUUACAUAUGGUCUUUUAUAAUACAAAAUAUGCAAAUUCAGCUGAAGCAAUGGAACAUCCCGAUGGUUUGACAGUUUUGGCAUUUUUAUAUGAGGUAUCCGAAGAAAAUAAUAAAGAUUAUGUAGAUUUUGUUGAUUCGUUAAAUAAAAUCCAUGAUGUUGAUACAUCAACACCAAUCGCACAUAAAGAGAGUAUAUUAGAAUUGAUUCGGCCAGUGGUUGAUCAAGGUCUUUCUGAAUAUUUUACAUAUGAGGGUUCAUUAACAACACCACCAUGUUCAGAAGUUGUUAUUUGGAUUGAAUUCUCUGAUUAUAUUAAUCUAUCGCAUCAACAGCUCGAUGAAUUUCGUCAAUUGUCCGAUCACGUUGGUAAAAUGAAACAUAAUUUCCGGCCAGUCCAACCCAUCAAUGAUAGACAUGUAUAUUUAAAUUGUGAUUAUUGUGAUAAUGAAGUGGAUAAUGGACGUGGAGCAGCUACCGCAAUUACAUCAAAUACAAUUACAAUUAUAGUAUUAGUAACAAUAUUAUCAUGGCUUAACAAAACACAUUAAAAAGGCAUAGAAACAAAUACAAGAGAGUAUACGCAUACGGCUUAAUAUUACUUAAAAAGCAUUUAACAUGUUUACGUUUUAUGUAACAUUCCUCAGGGUUGUCAAAUAUUUAAUAAUCAUUUUGUGACUGACCACAAUGUACAAGUUGUUCCAUUUCAAACGAAGCAGACAUUUAAUUCUUGUUCUUUUAUCUCGGCGUAGUACACUGAGUAUAAACAGAAAAAGAUAGUUCUAUAACAGUUUUAUAUGACUGUUAUUUUCUAUCUAUACUCAGUGUCCAUAGUGUAUACACAUGGGUACAAAAAAGAACAUACAAUACACUAC